CGCAACGACGACGACGACGACGACGACGACAACGACGACGACGACAACGACGAUCAUCUGGAUAACGUCGACGAGGAGAAUCGGUUGGCACGUGUCACCGCCGGUUCCCUGCUUGAUCAUCUGGCCAGACGUGACGAGGACGCCUAUGAAGGCGUGACCAAUGAGGAGAGAUCGCUCGAGUUCCUUGCCACCCACAGGGGGGUGCCUUACGAUUCACGAUCGAUGUCGAAGGUGACCGAUUACGACAGAAGAUACGACCACCAGUUCGCCGCGCGAGAGUAUACGGAGACAACGUUAACGGAAUCGGUGAACAAGCUUCAGGAUUACAACAGCAGUAGCAGCAGCAGCAGCAGCGCGAACAGUCUCGAUGGUCUCUGCCAGGGACAUCAACGAAUAAUCAGCGAUUUAAAUCGCGGCAACGAAUCGAGCACGCGCGAUCAUUAUAUGGUACCCACUCGCGAUCCCAGGGAACUCAACGAAAGAAUCUUGUCGCUGUUCAAUCCACAGUUCCUGCCGAACUUUAACGACAUGAUGAUGUACGUGGGGAAUCAGUACGACGCCAGACGAAGCCCACCACCCAGAUCACGAUCGAUGGCCGACGGAGAGAGUCGUUUGUUCAGGAGCUCGAGUUGUCGAAAGAAACGCGUCGGUGCGAGCUCAAUGUUCUUCCGCCGUGGAUUGACGUACGAAACGGCGCGCAAGUGACGCAAGUUGUCUCCUUUCGGAUUCAAACGAAGAAUACAGAGUUGGAUAACCCGUGAUGAAACGUAAGACGACUCUCGGAGAACACCGUUGUCCCGCGAUCGAACGAGAGAAAAAAGAUUUCGAUCGGAAGGACCGAAGACCGAGCGGAUUAGCUUCGCAACGGUUUAGUUAGUUCUCUUCCUCCACGAUCGCUCUUGCGUUUCCUAUUGCAACUAUCCUUCGUGAUCACGAAAACAUCUUGAUCCGUAUGCGUUCUUGUACGGAGAACGAGACUACGAAAGAAGACCACGAUGUUAUAUGCAAACUUAGUGUCGCCGUUACCUGAGAUACCUCGAGAACGUGUACUCGAGAUAUGUACGUAUUUCUGUUUUGUCGUCGUUCAUGAUCGUGUACAGACCGACCGUGUACGUUGCAAGACCACUUCCGGUGUCACGUGUCAUAUCGUCUGAGAUGUAUCGCGAGAACAGAGACACGCGGACUUUGAAAAUAUUUUUUUAAGGUAUAUCACUUCAGGCUCUUUCCGAUGUCUUUAAGCGCGACAUCGUGUAUCGGACGCUCCAACCACACCUUGAGCUAAUUUUUGUACGGAAUUCGAUCGAUUUUCGAAUUCUUCCUUUCCGUUUCUCACCAGUACGGCAAUGGAAGGAUAUGGGAAAUGAAAGGCCACACAAAAAGGAAUAUAACCGUGCAACAACGACGAUGGGACAAAGGAUCGACUCGUAGCUGUGUAAUGUGAUACGAUCAGAGGAGAGACUGUGUUCGUAGCAGUGGCCUGUUUAGGUGCUUAGAACCUAAGAACGGUGAUUUAAGGACGAAGACGAAGCGUCCAGCGCUUGGAUCCUCGUUUCUCAAACUACCUUCUACGAACUUUGGCCCCCAUGGCCCCUUGAUCGUUGACAAGCAACCAAGAAAAUCCCGGUAGACAAAAACUCGCCAAAAAAGACAAACUACUCGUUUUACACGAAGAAAAAGUUGCUUGCUGCGCAAUGUCUAUCAGAUUCACUUUGUUCACGAUUCUCGAGACAAAGCUGGAGAUAGUUCCAACAGUUGAGACGUAGAGAGAGAAAAUAUUCAAAGAGACAACCGGAAAGGGUGAAAGUUUGAGAAACGUGGUGCCAUGGAACGACGUUCCAAGCAUUCGCACGAGACGAGGCGUGCCUUCCGUAUAUUAAUUGUUGGCAAAUUUCUGAUUUAUAAAACAGGAACGGGAGAAUGCGGCCGGUAUAGAUUCGGGCAAGUGCCUCAUUUAUGCGUUUCGUUUAAAAAUAAAUAUUCGAUAGUGGAAGAGGACAAUGAUAAGUUGGUGAAGAUGAAAAGAGAGAGAAAGAGAGAGCGAGCGCGCGAGAGCGAAAGAGAGAGAGAGAGAAAGAGAGAGAGAGACUUAUGUAAGACUUAUUCAAAGUAUUGUUGUGCACUUAUUGCCGUGCUGUGAGUAUAUUGGUUAUUAGCAAGAGAGAAUCGUGGUGUUGAAGCACGUGUACGGUUAUUAAAAUGAAAAGUAAUAAGGAAGAAACAUUUACCGCGUUGUGGCGCCUUCGAGAAGUUAUGUAUUUUUGGCUGGGACGUGUUACGAAUCAAUUUAUCACUGUUAACGGUGUUCCGGGCGAGGUGUGGAGGUGUAUCUUUUUCUUUUCUUUAUUUUUAUUCUAUAAGAUAAACGAAGUGAUACUACGUUGCGAAUGAAUCGCUCGAAUCCGAUUAUCGAUGACUUCAUUUGACUGCAGGAUACCUCCGUGAGGUCAAGAUGGUUUUAAGUUUUAUAAAUGUGGAAAUGAAAGAUAGAACUUUCGAUACCCGAACUGCUAAUAGUUUUUAUACGUUUUAGAAAAAAUACACAGGAAUAUUUAUAACAUAAGUAGAAAAAAAAGUAAUACGAAAGUUUCUAUCUUCCUUUAUCGGUAAUUUCAUCGCACAGAUAUUUCAGAAUUUUCAUUUGAGUUUCUUCUAAAUUUGGUAUUCUUCUUCCAGUGUUAGGUGAAACAUUAAGAAGAAUGAUCUCUCGCGUUUUAUUUUUCGCCGCUGGUAGAAGUAUUAGUAUAAUUAAGAAAGGUAUUUAGAGAAAGGAAACCGUCUUAAAAAGGAGAUCGUUUUUCAACUUAUUUUAAUUGUGUAUAUACGUACUACUAUGCUACGCUACGCUAUACUGUACCCUAAUCAAAUUUAAAGCAGAGCAAAGUACAUCUUCGUAGAAGAGACGAUCAAAUAAUAAAAAUGUUCAAGAUAUAAAAAUUCGGAUAAUAAAGAUUCUAUCGUGCGAUAUAUAGAGAUAUAGUUUUAAAUGAAUUUAAUCGUUUCUCCAAACGAUUUGAUUUUGUGGGAAAAUGUUGCAAGAAGCUAGAAACUGGAGGAAAAGUUCCGGUGAAUUCCUUUCGCCAAGUUCAAUCAGUAUAUAAUAUAAUAAAAUCAAUGAAGAGGAGGACGCGACAAAGGUUCAGAUAAACGCAUUCGCGCGAUUCGCUUCAGCUGGUGGUAUGUAUUCCUUAGAGCCGGUACUGCGUGUUAUCCGACACCUUAGCGAAAACUUGGUAGCGUGUACGACAGUUCUCUACGACAAAGUAUCCUCGAAGAAAGCUCGGGAGGAGAGGAAACUUGAAAGAAGAAGGGGAGUCUUUGCGUGUUUGGCAAGAUGUCUUUGACAAUGGCGUAAAUCGGUCUUACUAGCGCACAAUAGCGAACACUGGGCAUAUUUCCUUUACAGCUUAAGGGCGGAUAGAGCGCCUGUAACAAACUGCGGCUAACGUUUGUCCCAGAUAUCGAGUAAGAUGGAAAGAGAACAAAGGAGGAAUCUGAAUAUAGAAAGUCAAGAAACGUGGCCGUGAUAUCGCAAAAGUAGAGCGAUUCGAUUUUCUAGUUCUUCGUGAAAUUAACAUGUCGGUAUAGAAAGAUGGAACGAUUGCGAAAAUUAGUUUUAGCCGUCAGCUUUUAGACGCCAAGAAAAGCGGAUAUUCGAGAUGUUUCAGAAACUCGUGGACUUUUAGGACGGUUGGAAAAUCGUUAGAUAUCAUCGUCUUUCGUUUGACGGAUGUUGUUAAGAGGAUACAUGUACGCUCUGCUCUUUUCAUCCUCGAUUUUAAUAUCAAUGGGCAAACGUCCGGCUGCUCUCAUGAACCAACACUGCCACGUCGAUUCUGAUAUGCUUCGAACAGUAAAGGAAACGGUAAGACGAAUUCUAAGUAGAUACAUCGAUUUUCACUGAUUGUCACUGAGCGUUACCAAUAAUAGCACGGAAAAGAAGAAAUAAUAAACGAUCGAUUCGAAUAAUGAGGAAGCUUGACGCAAACACACAUGCUAGAUAGAGAUUAUAACAUACGCGUAUUGAAAUGGCCAUUAAUUAGAGAGACACGGUCUGAAUACAAUGAAGGAGCAACGUAGAGAAUGGUCUGAUGUUGCGUGCUGGAAGAAAGAAGAAAGUCGUGUACAUAAUAAGUAGAAAUUGUUUUUUAUCGUUGAAAUCAUUUAGAAGCAAGGUCGAGAACAUUCAUUCGCUACGCUACUCGUCACGCGGACAGCAGUGGUACGCAUUAAUAUUGUUUACGUAUACAUGUAUACGCGUGUGCCGCAUGAAUCUUUGAUACAUGUAUAUGUAAACAUCGCAUUUCCAUUAUUGCAUAUGUCUAUAUAUAUAGACACACAUACACAUGUACAUAUAUACAUACAUAUACGAGUGUAUAGAUAUAUAUGUGUGUAUGUGCGUGUGUAUAUAUGUAUAUGUAUAUACACGUAUAUACAAAAAAUAUAUAUAUAUAUUCAUAUAUUUUUUUUUUUAAUCCGCAUAGAUAAAAUAUACUAUACGAAUGAGAAAAAAAUCGCGUUAAACGAGAAAGGCAGCUAAUUACACACUUUUUUCGACGGUCUUUGUGAAAGUCCGCGAUCUUUUUUAAUUAAAAUUCCGCCGAGCACCCACGAUGAUCUCGUUAAUGUUCGACUUCACGAAGAACGACUAACAACUGAUUGUUCGGCAAAAAAAAUAUUUUACGAAAUAUGAUGUUUAUAUUAUACAGAAAAAAAAAACACAUCCAACUUAGGUACCUUGUGUCGAGAUGAGAAAUUAUAUAUAUAUAUAAAAUUGAAAGUUAUAUAUGUAUAUAAUUUUUAUAUAAGUCAUAUUGGCGGAUUGUUAUAUGCUAUAAUAUUUCUAAAUUAGAGGAAUCGAGGAGGUAUAUAAAUAUACAUAUAUAUACAUAUAUGUAUAUAGAUAUAUAUAUAUAUAUAUACGUAUGUAUAUAUAUGUAUAAAAUAUUAUGGAUGUACAUGUAUACAAAGCGUUUUAUUAGAGUUUACGUGAUUAGUUAUUGUAAGGACGAUUGUACAUAUUAUUACUCCGUUUAAAAUUGACUUGAUCGCGCUAAACUUAGAACGAGAUUUACCCUGUUUGGGGGACGCUAGAUUUUGCUCGAUCAUGUUUUCCUACUCGUUUUUCUUUUACUUUUAUUAUUUCUCUCAUUUAAUUUUUAAGACAGAAACGCUUGCACGCUAGCCCUAUUUCCGAGCAUGUGCAUUUCAUCGUUUAUACAUUAUAUUCGAGUUCACUUUGAAUCGAGAGAUCGUAACGAUAAGAUUAUUUUUUACGUCGAGGAAAAAGAAGAUGAAACUGAUCAUAAAAACGCGCCAAGAGUCACGUGUGACGCGUAAAUGGUAUUUGUACGAUUUAUUACGCGCAGUUUUAUAGAAGUGAUUCGAUGUUUUUAACAUAAAACAAUUUAAUUUGACGAAAAUGAAACUUUCGAUGUAGGAAUAUAUUCGAAGAAAUUUACACACGAAUUUUCACGCUGAAACAAAAACGAGAUUGUGACAUAGAAAUUCGAAGACUCUUACACGGAAGAACGUACAAGUCGAUUCGUUACAAACAUUGAUCCGAACGUUUACAUACACGAUUGUCACUUUCUAUUGUCUACGUUUCAAAAAUCUAGCUAACCAACGUUCCCCUUUGUCACGAAUUAACAAUCAGCACACACAGUGACAAACAUUUCAAUAUUGACUCAACGAAAAAUCGAAUUCACAAGGCAGAAACCGAUUCUCGAACGACGUUAACCCGAUGCUAAUCUUCCGCGCGGUUUGCGCCAGGGAUCGAGGGAAGAAAUCCAUUUUGCGGGUGGCAAACGAAUUCGUAAGGGGAGAGUCGACCGUUUUACUCAGAAAAUCGGCCUUGCCAUAGUUGGAAAGUUUCGAAGGAUUCCGCGAUAUCUCGCGCAAUGGGUCAAGUAUUCAAACGAUUCGAAUAAUUUGGACGUAUUCGAGUUAUUCCAGUGAACCGGGAACGUUUUCUCUCUGCAUAGUUCGUAGACGCUCCCGCGAUUCUUUCCCUUCCUGUACAUUUGAAAGUCGAAUCGACGCGACGUUCAUCCGACGCAAGAAAUCUUCACCGAAAAUUUACCGACGCAUAUUGUUAAGCCGGAAACACGUCACGCGCUAGCGCUAGGUUAGAACGUAAUAACGAUCGCAUUAAUUAGGUAAAGUAAAUACAACAUUCCAAGUAGAAGCCAGGACUGCCAAUCGAUUGAUAAGCAGCAAACGAAUACUUCCGAAGAAGUAUUCACGUCUGAUAACUUUGAGCUUGACGUGUGUUACCACCAUCACCUUUCUGAUUAACCUCCAAAAGUUUAAAGUCGCCGAUCGUUAUUUAUCAAAAGGUUAUUAACAAAGAAAUUAAUUUUCCCAGAAAUCUAAACAUUGCCGUACCAAGUACGGAAAUAUUUGCGAAAUAUUUAUCGCAUUUCUGCGUAUAAACAAACGCGAAUAAUAUAAAUAUACCAAGUUUGUAUCCACGACGUAUGAUGUGUCUUGUCCAACGUUCAGAAAAUGCGGAAUUAGGUUAGGUUAGACCCUAGUUCCUUCUGCGGUGAAUUUCAAUACUAACAUAAAUAACUAAUGUGAAAACACUUGGUGCGAAGAAGUUCAGAUUUCUGAGAAAAUUUCGGUAGGUUUUUCAAUUUUUUUUCGUUAAUAGUUUUUUAAUAACCAAUGAUCGGUGGCUUAAACCUGUUCAAGGUUACUCAGGAGAGUGAGCUUGAUAUCGCGUGUCAAGGUUAAGGUCGUCGGAUUUUUUCGGAGAUUAAUCAAUGAAAGCUCGCAACGAUUGGCGAAUUUAGAAUCAUGUCAGUUUGAGUCUAUCGUGUUUUGCGUUUAUUAUAGAAUAUUCGAUAAUUGUUAACUCCUCGUAAAGCCGGACAAGUUCUAUGGUUCGUUCGUUAAUGAUCGCCUGUUCCUUUACAAAGUAUUAUUGUAGAUUCGAAUAACGUGCGUGAAAGUAGCAUUCCUUUAUUUUUUAUAUCACGUAGCCUCGUUCCGUAUACUGUAACGAUCCCCUUUCCUUUUGAUAUUACACAAUGGCUUGGAUAAAAAUAUUCUGAAAAUGAAUGACGAAGAUGAUCGUUGGAAGAACGAUCCAUUGGGAGUCCAGGAAAGUCGUAUCGAUACUAUGCCUUGCAAUUAAGUAAAACUGCUAAACGCGCAGUAAGCUUUAGAACAAGUAAUAAAGAUUAAUUUAAAAGGCACUUUUGUACGAACGUAAAUCAUAUCUCUUAAAUACCUUCGAUAUUAUUCACGGAAGCUACGAAUGAUAUAUCGAAAAUCGACCGAAUCGAUGAAUUUCUCGGAUAAUCUGACGUUUAUGUUCCCACAAGCUUUCUCCGAUCUCCGAUAAUCCUAUGUCAUGAAAAUUAUAUAAUUCAUCGUUAAUUCAUCAUUAAAAGAGACAAAAAGAUAUACGUAAUUCUUAAAAGCUUAAAUCUUAAGUCAUAACGUAGGCUUGUCAGGCUUUACAACUGAUAUUUUCAAUUAUGAUAAUCCGCUUGAAAUGCUUUAUCAAAAUGAUUGGUCAAACUCGAUAAACGAGGUAAUUAUUGGUUAAAACUAUUAGUUGAUAUGUCUUCGUAAUUACGUGGAUCAGUUAAACUCUUUGUAAUCUAUUCUUUACAACGUUCAUUUUGUAACAUCGUCAACAUUGGCAGAUAUCUGUCGUGGAACCAUUAUCACGACAAACAUAUAUAUUAAGCUAUCCAUUUUGAUAACAAUAAUUCAUUGACACAACGUCAUUUUUAAAUAGUUACAAACGAAAUAUUCUCAUUCAUCGAUUAUUGUAACAAUAAAAACUCGCGCUUAAUUGUUUCGUUCGGACUUUAGAAAUUACUAACACGUACACGAUAAAUGCAUAGAUCUUGGUUAACUUCAUAUCAUAAAUAUAUAUAGAGAACGAUGCUUGAUAAGUGAACCGUUUGUACUAGAAACUAUCUAAUCUCACCGCAAUCUACUGUAUUUUAUAAUUAAUCACAAAGAACGUUGGAGAUUGGUGCCGGGAAACACCGAUCAGUUGAUUUUACCACGUGCAUGGAAUGCUGACGCCGUUUUGUUUUUUUUUUUUUUUUUAUUUAGUUUUACGUUCUGUAAAAAAUAUUAAUCAAACGAUUGUAUCUUUGCAAAAGACUCGUAAAUAAACCAAAAUGCUACCGCUCGAAUAUAAUUUCGAAAAUAAUCGUAUCGUAUAGUACAAACGGAUCUGCCCAACAAUAGAAAAUAGCAGUGACUGCAAAAAAAAAAGUGUAGAAGAUGUUUCUUUGGCUCGAAAAAAAAAAUGGUAAACUAUAAUAUUUUGCUAAAGAUGUCAGUAACAUAACUUACUACCUUUAAACGAAACACAGCGAGUGUAGUAAGCUGUAGAAGUUGGGCAGAGAUAUUCUCAUUGGACUAAAGAUAAAAUCGAAUGA